AUGUCAGUGAAGAAAGUAGUGUUAAAGUUGGAGAUAUAUGAAGACAAAAUCAAGCAAAAAGCUAUGAAAGCUGUCUCUGGCCUUUCAGGGGUUGAGUCAGUUGAAGUGGACAUGACAGACAAGAAAUUAACCUUAAAAGGGGACACUGAUCCGAUGAGUGUAAUGGCUAAGGUAAAGAAAAUUUGUCAUGCAGAAUUAAUUUAUGUUGGACCAGCUAAAGAGGAAAAGAAAGAUGAACCUAAAAAAAAGGAUGAUGAAAAGAAAGACUCAGAAAAAGAAAAUGUGAUUAAUCCUUACGUGUUUUAUGGAACACAUCCCUAUUAUAAUCAUCACAUCAUGAUACCACAAUACAAUCCUAAUUACUGUGUUGUUAGUGUUGAAGAGGUUCCUAAUAGCUGUGUUAUCAUCUAA